AUGGACAUAAUUUGGAGAGACUCCGCCGCAAAGGAUGCCUACGAGGAAGCGCGUGUUGGUCGCGUGUUCAAUCACCGCCGUCCCUCGCGAUUUCCCCUAGCCGUCGUGAAGGCCGCCAGCGAAGAGGACAUUGUCAAAGCAGUCAAGAUGGCCGUGGAGAUGAAGUGCCGCGUGGCGGUUCGAUCGGGUGGGCAUUCGUGGGCCGCGUGGAGUGUCCGUGACAAUUCUAUCUUGAUUGACCUGGGGAACUACAAACAGGUCGAGGUUGAUCCGGAGAAUAGAGUGGCAAUAGCCACACCAAGUAUGACUGGUCGUGAGCUCAAUUCCGCUCUGAUCAAGGACCAUGGGUUGAUGUUUCCUGGUGGUCAUUGCCCAGAUGUGGGGCUGGGUGGGUUCUUGCUGCAAGGUGGUAUGGGCUGGAAUUGCCGAAAUUGGGGAUGGGCAUGUGAGAGGGUCCUGGGGUUGGAUGUAGUCACUGCUGAGGGCGAGUUGAUUCAUUGCAAUUCGACUCAGAAUCAGGAUCUGUACUGGGCAGCUCGGGGAGCUGGGCCUGGCUUCCCUGGUGUUGUAACCAGAUUCCAUCUCAGCUUGAAUCCAUACCCGAAGAGAGGAUUCCGAUCUUCUGGCUAUGUGUACCCCAUCAGUCUGUACCGAAAGGCCUUUGACUGGCUCCUAUCAAUCACCGAAACCUUCGAUAACGAUACUGAAAUUGCCGCAAUCUCGCACUACCCCGAAGGCUCCGACGAAAUGUGUUUUUUCGUUUUGUUCGUCGUGAUGAAAGAUGAUCCCGAAGAGGCAGAGAAAGCUCUCCGUCCAGCACAAGAAACUCGUCCUGACGGGGCCAUCAAUGAGUGGUUCUGCAGGGAAGAUAGUCUUGAACAGCAAUACGAUAAUCAGGAAGGCGCCAAUCCUGAAAAGCAUCGCUACUGUGCUGAAAACGCGUUUAUCAACAAUGACGCCGAUGUCCCUGCGGUUCUGGAGGAAGCUUUCACUACCCUGCCCCAUCGAAAGGCAUUCUCAUUGUGGUAUGCGAUGAACCCAUGUAGCCGCCGCAAGCUGCCAGAUAUGGCCCUCAGCAUGCACUCCGAUCAUUACUUUGCGCUGUAUACAGUAUGGGAGGAGGAAUCCGAUGAUGCGCGGUGCCAAGCGUGGGUGAAGGAUGUGAUGAAGAAGGUUGAGCGACAGUCCGUCGGAGCGUACCUGGGCGAUUCGGACUUCCAGGUUCGUAGGACGAAGUUCUGGGCUGAUGAUAAUGCUAAGCGAUUGAUGGCCAUUCGGCGCAAAUGGGACCCACAGGGUCGCGUUUGUGGAUAUUUGGAUGAAGACGACAAGUCAGGCACAGCUGGGUUGACAAAUGUUCAUGAGUGGAAGCUGUGA